CUCAUUAUACUCGCGCACAUAGAGUUGUGUACCACUGCGCGAGGAGAUACGCGGUGGAGUCGUCGAGUGCCAGUUAUCUUUUUUAGGUGUUGUACAUGGCCACGAAGAUCGUGCGUCGUGUGCAGUAAAAAAUUAUUCUCGAAAACUCGUUCGGUACGAUACAUUAGCCCCGAGUGUUGCGUGGGUGGAUGGUGUAUGUGUGUGUGUGUGUGUGUGUGUGUAUGCAGGUUACUCGGACUCCACUACUAUAGGCUUCCAAUAUACUGCAUGCGUGGGUGCACUGCAGUGUGUUGUCGCAUUUUAUAAUUAGUCAUCGGCAGCGAUAAUAGGACGAUUAGGGCGCAAAGCCUCGGCGUAUCCGAGGAAGCCGCUGGAUGUAGCUUCGAGAUGAUGGAGAAUCCCAGCCAGCUUCAUCAGCGACGAUUGGUCAUCAACAGCGGCAGCGACGAGCCGUCGUCGAUGCAGAGCGCCAACUCGACCACCAUACGCUUACCCAGGGAGGACAUUCCUCUGAUUAGCAAACCGAAAAAGAGCAGCCCUUUCACUAGGUGUUUCACAUGGAUGUGGCGAAAAUGCUGCAAAGAAAAAGAACUCAGGGCCAGAACAAUAGCCAUUGGACAGCCAUUACAUGAGAAAUUUCCAACUAAUGUGAUUCGGAACCAAAAGUACAGCAUCAUCACCUUUUUACCGAUGGUUCUCUUUCAACAAUUCAAAUUCUUUUUGAAUCUCUAUUUUCUUCUUAUGGCCAUCUCACAGUUUAUACCUGACAUAAGAAUUGGAUAUCUUUACACUUAUUGGGGGCCGCUGUGCUUUGUUUUGGCAGUAACUCUCUGUCGAGAAGCAGUUGAUGAUUUUAGAAGAUAUAAGAGGGAUAAAGAAGUAAAUGGUCAAAAAUAUUUAAGAUUGGUGAAAGGAUCUGUCACGCCUGAGCUGAUACCUAGUUCCAAAUUAAAAGUUGGAGAUUUGGUCAUUGUUGAAAAAGGACAAAGAGUACCUGCUGAUUUGGUCUUAUUGAGAACUACAGAAAAGUCUGGAGCAUGCUUCGUAAGAACUGAUCAAUUAGAUGGAGAAACAGAUUGGAAGCUUCGUUUGGCAGUUCCAACUACGCAAAAACUAGAAUCUGACCAUCAAUUAUUUGAUAUCAAAGCCAGCCUCUAUGUUGAAAAACCUCAAAAAGACAUUCACAGUUUUAUUGGUACUUUUACUAGACAUGAUGGACCAAACAGCGAAGAGAGUCUUGGAGUUGACAAUACACUGUGGGCUAAUACUGCUGUUGCAUCUGGCUCAGCAUUAGGAGUUGUAGUCUACACGGGUCAGGAAACCAGAUCUUUAAUGAAUCAUUCAGCUCCCAGAUCAAAAGUUGGCUUGCUUGAUCAGGAAAUCAAUCAACUAACGAAGGUCCUCUUCUGCGCUGUUAUAGGCUUGGCUCUAGUAAUGAUGUGUCUGAAAGGUUUUAGUGGACCUUGGUAUCGGUACAUGUUCCGUUUUAUACUGUUGUUUUCGUACAUUAUUCCAAUAAGUCUUCGAGUAAACUUGGACAUGGGUAAGACUUUCUAUUCUUGGUGCAUUCAAAAAGAUCAAGCCAUCAAAGGUACCGUAGUGAGAACAACCACUAUACCGGAAGAGCUUGGAAGAAUAUCUUAUCUGUUGAGCGACAAAACUGGAACGCUGACGCAAAAUAUCAUGAUCUUCAAAAAAUUACACUUGGGCACCGUGUCUUACGGACAAGAUUCAUUCGAAGAGGUGUCCUCGGUUCUACGUACCUUCUACACACCGGAUAACGGAUCUCCCAAAGUCGUUGUGCAAAAUUCCGGAAAAAUGCGAAGAUCGGAAAAUACCAGGGUUUACGAGGCGGUGCACGCUCUGGCGUUGUGUCACAACGUCACACCUGUGUACGACGACGUGAACAACAAAGAGCUCAACAAAGGCUCCAACAACAAACUGGACACCGCCAGUAUUGAAACUGUCGAAACGAGCUCCGUACAAAGCCAAUCGGAAACGCCUGCCAAUGACUAUACCUCGAAGCAAGGCCUCACAUAUCAAGCCUCGAGCCCGGACGAGGUGGCUCUCGUCAAAUGGACCGAGGAGGUGGGCCUGGCACUGGUGAAGCGAGACUUGAACUCCAUGCAAUUGAGAGCGGAGAACGGACAGAUUCUGAAGUACACAGUUCUGCAACUGUUCCCCUUCACGCCCGAGACCAAGCGAAUGGGCAUCAUCAUCAAGGACGAGUCUUCGGGUCAAAUUACGUUCUACUUGAAAGGAGCCGACGUCGUUAUGUCCGGCAUCGUGCAGUACAACGACUGGCUCGAAGAGGAGUGCGGCAACAUGGCGAGGGAAGGUUUCAGAACCCUCGUCGUCGCCAAGAAAAAUUUGACCGAGGAGCAGUACCUUGAUUUCGAGUCGAAGUACAACGCCGCGCGACUGUGCGUCACCGAGCGCGGAUCCAGGAUGGCGGCGGUCAUCGAGAGCCUCGAGAGAGAAAUGGAACUGUUGUGUGUCACGGGUGUCGAGGACAAGCUGCAAGACAAGGUCCGAUCGACUCUGGAAUCGCUGAGAAACGCUGGGAUCAAGAUUUGGAUGCUCACGGGCGACAAGCUGGAGACGGCCCAGUGCAUCGCCAAGUCGUCGAGGCUCGUGUCGCGCACCCAGAGCCUGCACGUCUUCAAGCCGGUCGUCACCCGCACGGAUGCUCAUCUGGAGCUUAAUAUUUUUCGCAAAAAGCAGGACUGCGCUUUAGUCAUCAGUGGAGACUCUCUCGACGUGUGCUUACAAUAUUACGAGGAUGAGUUUCUGGAGCUGGCCUGCGGCUCGCCGGCCGUCGUGUGCUGCCGCUGCUCGCCCACGCAAAAGGCCGAGGUGGUCAGUCUGAUACAGAGACACACGGGUAAGCGAACCGCAGCGGUCGGAGACGGCGGCAACGACGUAUCCAUGAUACAGACCGCCGACGCUGGCAUCGGCCUCGAGGGCCUCGAGGGCCGACAAGCCUCCCUGGCUGCCGACUUCUCCAUCACGCAAUUCAGCCAUCUGGCGAAACUGCUGCUGGUUCACGGCAGGCGCAGCUACAAACGAUCCGCCGCUCUCAGUCAGUUCGUCAUUCAUCGUGGUCUCAUCAUUUCCACCAUGCAGGCCGUCUUCUCGGCUGUGUUUUACUUCUCUUCGGUACCUCUGUACCAAGGAUUUUUGAUGGUUGGAUACGCUACCAUAUACACUAUGUUCCCCGUAUUCUCAUUGGUGUUGGAUAAGGAUGUGACUGGAAAAACUGCGCUAACUUUCCCAGAGUUGUACAAAGAUCUUAGUAAAGGUCGAUCGUUAUCUUAUAAAACCUUCUUUAUAUGGGUUUUAAUAAGUAUCUAUCAAGGUGGCGUUAUCAUGUAUGGCGCUUUAAUCCUAUUUGAGGAUGAAUUUAUACAUAUUGUGGCCAUCAGUUUUUCAGCCCUUAUCUUGACCGAGCUCAUCAUGGUUGCAUUGACAAUACGAACGUGGCAUCAUUUAAUGGUUAUUGCAGAGCUUUUCUCGUUGGCCUUGUAUAUGCUGUCACUGGUUGUCUUGAAAGAUUAUUUUGAUUCUGAGUUCAUUAAAACAACGAGUUUCUUGUGGAAAGUAGUGCUGAUAACUGUCGUGUCCUGCCUUCCUCUUUAUGUAAUUCAAUUAUUGAGAAGAAAAUUCUCUCCACCCAGUUACACCAAACUUACAUAAAUCUAUUACCGCUUGGAAAAAUUCCAAUCGAUAAAUGAGAGGCGCACGGAUUUUCACAAAUAGGUCGACGGUGUCUGAAAUCAAAAACGUGAAGAGUGUAAAAUGCUCCAAAGUAUCUUGGUACUUUAGAAAUCGCAUUUGUUACAAAUUUUGCAGUAGUAUGUGAUAAAAAAUUCACAUGGUUUCAGUAUUGUCGUAUAGUUUUUAUACGAAUGAGAGAUUGAUCAUUUUUAUUUAUUGAUUUGCUUUUUUCCAAUGGCUUCCAUUCACAUAAUAUAUUGUAACAGAUUUUAGUUUCAUGUUUCAUCUUUAACACCAAUCACAAUAUUUAUUUAUUAUUAUAUUAAUUGAUAGUUACGUUUGAUGAAUGUUAUGAAAAUUGAAUUAUCUCUUGUACAAAUGUCAGAGAAAACCGACUGUGAUGGUGUAGUAUGAAAGUUGAAUGAAGCUUGCUGGUGUAAAAAGUACAUAUAUAAUUAUUUUACUGACUUUUUUAUAAUUUAAUAUCUCACACGAUAAUAACUCUCUGAGAAAGAACCAUAUGCAAUUUUAAUAAGAUAAGUUAAUUCCUAAGAAUUUCUUAAAAAAAUGUAUUUAUAAUAUUCAAACGAUAAUCUAAAGAUUAAUUUUUGACAAGUUUGACUUUCACAAAAUUGUAACUAGACAUGAUCUAUUUACCAAAGAAAUUAUGAUUUAUGUCUGAUAGCACAUAUUUCUGAGAUUGCUCAAAUUUGUAGAACAGUUUUCUAGUUUGUUAGAGUAGCAUCAAAAUCAAUGUAGCUUUAGUUUUUUUUAUUUACUUUUUUUUCUCGAAAAUUAGAAAUGUUUUUUUCAAAACAAAAGUAGAAAAAAAUAGGAUUUCUAUGAAAGUUGGGCAAUAGAUGAGUUUUUUGCCAAUUAAAGUUUUGUUAAUUAUAUUGUACAUUUAUAAUUGAUUUUUCAAUAAAUAAAAAUGUAUUAUAUUCGUUGAAA